AUGCCCGAACACGAGGACGACCUCGUCGCCUCUCAGACCGAGGGAUUCAAGGUCGGCGAGAAGAAGACCAUUGAGGAGUACCAGAAUCUCGACAAGAACGAUGAGUCCCUGAACCGCUGGAAGGCCUCCCUGGGUCUGAACACCGGCAACACGGUCGGCGACCCCAACGACCCCAGAAAGUGCAUCAUCAAGUCCCUUGCCCUGGAGGUCGCGGGUCGCGACGAUGUUGUCAUUGAGCUGUCCGCCCCCGGUGCCGUCGACACCCUCAAGGAGAAGCCCUUCAAGAUCAAGGAGGGCUCCACCUUCCACAUCAAGGUCGUCUUCCAGGUGCACCACGAGGUGCUGAGCGGUCUCAAGUACCUGCAGGUUGUGAAGCGUCACGGUAUCAGAGUCAGCAAGGACGAGGAGAUGCUGGGAAGUUACGCCCCCAACACCACCGACAAGCCCUUCUACGAGAAGAAGUUCAACGCCGAGGAAGCCCCCUCCGGCAUGAUGGCCCGGGGCCACUACAACGCCGUGUCCAAGUUCCUCGACGACGACCAACACACCCAUCUGCAAUUCGAGUGGUCCUUCGACAUCUCCAAGGACUGGUAG